AUGAACCGACAAAGCGAGGAUCAUCUGAGAGAGGCAAUCCACUUCUUACAGGCAGGUCAGCCCGGGCAAGAGGAGCGUGCGGAGGUUGUGCGCGAGCAGAUUUGUGACGUCUUGGUGAAGCUUGCCAAGAUCCCUCCAGUUGCCCAGAGGGUACUUGUUCUCGUCGAAGAAGAGCUGGCGGCAGUCGCUCACAUUCUACUCGAACGGGACGUGCUUCAGGAUGCGGCCGUUGCGGAGGCCUAUGAGGCCUCGUUCUCUAUGCUCAAUGUCGCGGACUCCAUUGUUAUGAACCUGAGCAGAUCUUGGACAGAGACGGCGGCAAAGUCAGACGAAAUCACCUGGUCGCCUCAAGGAGAGUGCUGCGACUAA